AUGGCAGCUGCAGCACCGUCUCCCCUGGCCAGCUCUGAAGAGAAGACAAAUGGAGCCAAGCUAAGCAGGCUUCUUAUCGAUGGUGGAACAACAGUUCUAAGAAAUGUUUUCAAUCAUCACUAUCCUCCAGCUAUUUUAGCUGCUGGUCUCAAUGCCAAUUAUUCCACUCUCCACAACCUCUUCCGGCGAGGAGUUCUACAUGGUCCUCAGUGGAAUAAACUGUUCCCGCCUGGGGGAGCCAUGCCAGACUCCAAUACGUUUGACAUCACUCUUUUAUUCCUCCUUUUGACCAAAAUUUGUGGAUUGUCCCCUCCUCUCACAGGAUGGCACACUAAACCACCCGCUAGUGACACCUCUCUUGAGGCGAAUCUUGCUCGUGUCAAGCAUUUUCGUAACUUGUUGUAUGGUCAUGUGACCAGUACUGGUGUUGAUACUCAUUCCUUCUUCGCUUUUUGGCAGGAAAUCAGCCCUGUUCUUGUGGCUCUUGGGUUGCAGCAAUCAGAAAUUGACAGACUGAAGGCAGAGCGAGGUGGAGAGGAAGAUUAUCUUAAAGCGUUACGUGAUUGGGCUGACAGUGAAGAGGACAUCAAAACACAUUUAAAGGACGUGUGUCAAACUCAGAAAGAAAUAAAACAG